CCUCCAUGAUCAAUCUGCAUUCGAGGUCCUAAACUAUGCGGCUACAGGCGGCGCUUCUUCUGCUCGCCUCGUGCGUGCCCUCGACGUGGGCCAUCUACCCCGACGAGGUCAACCAUGUCGAUUUCCACCAUGCAUUGCUCGGCGCCCCCUCGUCCCAGUCGACCUUCUUCCUGAAACCCUCCACCUCCUCCAACGCCUCUCUGCUCUACACUCUGUCGGAAAAGUCGCUCCUCGGCGCCGUCAAUCCCCGCGAUGGCUCCGUCGUCUGGAGACAGAAUGUCUCGCGGGCCGAUCACGGUGCCGCCUCGGGUCUUCUGCGUGCGUCGGACGGAACGAACGCCGUGGUCAGCGCCGUCGGUGACUACCUUUCGUCGUGGAGUGCUCUGGAUGGGAAAUUGAUCUGGGAGAACUCGUUUGCCCAUGAGACCGUGGCUGACCUGGAGCUGUUGGAGCUGCAGGAUGCCAGUGCGGCGGUGGCUACGAAAGACACGAUUGCGCUGUUUGCCGGAAAGUCUGGCACUGUUAGGAGGCUGGAUGGUGACUCUGGAGAGGUGAAGUGGGAGUACAAAGAUGAAAGUGGUGAUCUUCCUUUCCAAGCCUCGUCCUCCGCUACCGAGGUUUACUACAUUUCGCUGCAAUCGGGCCUGCUGAAGGGAUCGAAAAUCAAGGUCACUUCGCUGGACCCAUUGACUGGUCGGCAGAAGCAACAGGUGACGCUGAACUCGGAGGGUGAUGUGACCGGGCCGGAAGCCGUCCUCUUCGUGGGCUCCAACACGGCUGCUCCUUUGAUUGUCUGGACUGAUAAGGCAAGCAAGGUGCUGAAGGUCAAUGUGAUCGGAUCCAAGUCGGUGAGCUCGCUGAACAUCGAUAACACGAGCGGCGAAGAAAUCCGGUCGGCCACCGUCCAUGCUCCGAAUAAGCUCAACUCGCUGUCCCAUUUUCUGGUUCACUACCAAACCGACUCCAGCUCCUGGGCUGAGGUUUACCACGUUGAUCUGAAAUCGGGCGCAGUGUCCAAGGCUUACAGCCUCCCUCGCCUUCCCGGAUGGUCCGUUUUCGCGACCAGCAACAAGGAUGCCAAUGUUUACUUCACUCGCAUCACGCCCUCGGAGGCUUCCGUUGUUUCGUCUGCUUCCCAUGGAAUCCUGGGCAGAUGGCCGUUGCAGUCGCGCCCCACCGAGCCAGCGGUCUAUGCGGCUUCUGAGGUGGUUGCGAAAGGUGACUCUGUCGCCGUCCGGUCGGCAGCCGUUUUGGCGUCGGGCGACUGGCAAUUGAUCCGCAACGGUCAGACCGAAUGGACGCGAUAUGAGGCUCUGUUCGGGGCUUUGGCUGCCCAAUGGGCUGAAACUGACAGCAAGGAGGAUCUCGUCCACCAGCUCGAAGUCGAGGGCCAUGAGAGCCUUUACGGGGCAUACGUGCACCGUGUCAAGCGUCACGCCAAGGACCUUCAGUAUCUCCCCGACUGGCUGAAGGAGCUGCCCAAGCGCGUUCUCACCAGCUUCUUGACUGACGAAGUCUCGAACCUCGACGGAUUCGGGCUUUCCAAGCCCAUCAUCGUCGCCACCGAGAAUGGGCGAGUCUAUGCCCUCGACACCGGUAACCACGGCUCUGUUUCGUGGAGCGUGAAGGCCGUCGAUGCGGAAUCCUGGAAUGUCAAGGCAAUCGUCACCCAGCCCGGCUUUGCCACCGUCUACGCCGACGAUGGUAGUUCCGUCAAGUUGAAUGUCACUUCCGGGGGCAUCAUCGACCGCUCGCCAGCUAGCACCAAGAUCCGCUCCAUUGCCAUCGUCAACGAUGAAGUCGCCCCCUUCACCAUCGGUAUUCAGGAGAACGGCGCGCCUGUGAGAUCGGUGGAUCGCCCGGGCUUUUUCGUGACCCUGAGCGAUGAUGGUCGAGUCCUUGGAUGGAGCACCGAGGACAAUAAGGUCCCCGUCUGGGAGUUCCUGCCCGCAGCCGGCCAGAAGAUCGUUCACGCGACUGCUCGGCCUGCUCAUGACCCCGUCGCCUCAAUUGGCAAGGUCCUGGGUAACCGAUCGGUCCUCUACAAGUACUUGAACCCGAACCUGGCCCUCAUGACGGCCGUGGGCAAGAACUCGGCCAGCUUCUACCUGCUGGACGCCAUCACCGGCCGGAUCCUGUACACCACCACGCAAGACGCCGUCGACACCACGCAGCCCAUCGCCUCCACCAUCUCCGAGAACUGGUUCGCCUACUCCUUCUGGGGCGACCUCUCCGACGCCUCCGACGCCAAGGGCUACCAGCUCAUCGUCUCGGAGCUCUACGAAUCCCCCAUCUCCAACGACCGUGGCGACCUCGGCUCCGCAUCCAACUACUCCAGCACCGACCUGCCCCUUCCCCACGUCGUCUCGCAAGCCUUCGUCAUCCCCGAGCCCAUCUCCCACAUGGCCGUCACCCAGACCCGCCAGGGCAUCACCACCCGCCAACUCCUCUGCACCCUCCCCGCCACCAACUCCCUCAUCGGCAUCCCCCGUCCCGUCCUGGACCCUCGCCGUCCCGUCGCCCGCGACCCGACCCCCGUCGAGGCCGAAGAAGGCCUCUUCCGAUACAACCCCUCCCUCGAAUUCGACGGCAAAUGGUACCUGUCGCACUCGCGCCACGUCGCCGGCCUCACGACCGUGCUCUCCAAACCCACCUUGCUCGAGAGUACGAGCCUGAUCUUCGCAUUUGGCGGAGACAUCUACGGCACGCGUGCCACGCCCAGCCAAGCGUUCGACGUCCUCGGCAAGAGCUUCUCCAAGGCGCAGUUGCUUUUGACCAUUGUGGCGUUGACCGUGGGUGUGGUAAUUCUGUCGCCGAUGGUCCGAUCAAAGCAAAUCAACCAGCUCUGGAGGACCGGCUAAUGUAUCCUCAACCCCUUUUUUCCUCUUUCUUUUCAGCAAUCUAUGAUCCUGUUGGGGUAAUUUUUUCAAAGCGAUUGAAUGUUGUAGGAUAAAUACAUAAAGAAUUACGUGAACAAAUACAUAAACGUCUUGCU